AUGGUCCAGAACAAGUCAGUCGUUUUCUUGAAGCACCCCAGCGAUUACCCCGUCGUCGGCGAGCAUAUCGGGUUCCAGACCAAGGAGCUCAACGUUGAGCUCAAGGAUAAGGAUGUCCUCCUCCGCAACCUCUACUUCUCCCUCGACCCUUACAUGCGCGGAAGAAUGAGAGACGUCAAGUCGUAUAUCCCCGGCUUCUCGAUCGGCGAGCCCCUGACCGGAUACGGCGUUGCUGAAGUCAAGGAGUCCAAGAACGAUGCCUUUCCCGUUGGCGCCAUUGUCAGCGGAUUCACUGGCUGGGAGGAAUACUCUGUCGUCCCCGGCGCCUCUCGUCUUCGUGUCCUCCCCGGUGCUCGCGAGUCUCCCAUCCCUCUCUCCGCUCACGUCGGUGUCUUGGGCAUGCCCGGCAUGACUGCUUACACUUCCCUCAAGAUCAUCGGUAAGCCCAAGGCUGGCGAGACCAUCUUCGUUUCUGCCGCUGCCGGUGCCGUCGGUCAGCUCGUCGGCCAGAUGGCCAAGAAGCUCGGUCUCCGCGUCGUCGGCUCGGCCGGCUCAGACGAUAAGGUCGACUACCUCAUCAACGAGCUCAAGUUCGACGCUGCCUUCAACUACAAGAAGAACGGCACCAUCCUCGAGAACCUCAAGCGUGCCGCCCCCGAGGGUAUCGACAUCUACUACGAGAAUGUCGGAGGCGAGACCCUCGAGGCUGCACUGGAGGUUAUGAAUGACCACGGUCGUGUCGUUGCUUGUGGAAUGAUCUCCCAGUACAACACCCAGACGCCAUACGGUGUCCGUAACCUCUUCCAUAUUGUCGCUAAGCGUAUUACUUUCCGUGGAUUCGUCGUUACCGAUUUCGCGGAGGAGUACGGUGCGGAUUUCGUCAAGGAUGUUGGAUCGUGGUUGGUCAACAAGGAUAUCAUUUACAAGGAGGAUGUUACUGAGGGCAUUGAUGCCUCGCCUGAGGCCUUCGUUGGCAUGUUGCAGGGCAAGAACUUUGGCAAGGCUGUCGUGAAGAUCGCUGACCUGUAA